AUGAAUACCAUAUUGCCGAUGCGUCGAGUUCACUAUAUCAAACAAUAUCUCAAAGCCCUUCGACUCAUAUCCAGUACGGAAGAACGGGACUGUGCCCGAUUUGUGAACAACACAUUGGGCGCGGACGGAGUGUUCAUUUUGCACGUGGUGUCCAAAAUAGCGAGCGAUCUGAUCGCGUUAGACGUGACAGCCACACUGUGGAAAAAUUAUCGACAAGCGAAAAUUACCGGGACCGAAGAGGAUGUGAAUCGGUUGUUAGAAACCGUGAAUCGCGGCUCCUCGGUCGUGUGA